AGGUAGAAGUGCACCACUCCAGGAUCGUGAACUUGACAUCACCAGCAGGGCGGCCCCGGCAUCCUGAGCACCGCGUCCAUCCUCGCGGAGACCCACAGCCGAGGACCCGCAAGUGCCCUUGCGCGGAGGAGCCAGGACAAGGACGCCAGAAAGCAUCACAGGCAGUCCCUACAUGAUGUGGCUUCUCAAGACUCAAGGACCAACCACCCUCCACACCUGCAAUGGAGAAGGCAGAAAUGGAGAUGCAAAUGCCACAGCUUCCCUUCUGUCAUUAACCCCUCUGUAGACAUGUGUCCCCACCAGAGGGCUUGAACUGCACUACGGGGCAGGGAGCUCUCAGACCCCCAAACCACUAGCACCUUUGUCUCUCCUCGUGGAGAGAAGGCAGAGUCAUGGCAUCUUACAGCUGCUAUUUGAUCUUCUUGGCUCUUGCCUGGCACUCCUCUGCCUAUGGGCCUGACCAGAGAGCCCAAAAGAAGGGAGACAUUAUCCUCGGGGGUCUCUUUCCUAUUCAUUUUGGAGUAGCAGCCAAAGAUCAGGAUCUGAAAUCAAGGCCGGAGUCUGUGGAGUGCAUCAGGUAUAACUUCCGUGGAUUUCGAUGGUUACAAGCCAUGAUAUUUGCCAUAGAGGAGAUAAACAGCAGUCCUGCCCUUCUUCCCAACAUGACGCUGGGAUACAGGAUAUUCGACACCUGUAACACCGUUUCCAAAGCCCUGGAGGCCACCCUAAGUUUUGUUGCCCAGAACAAAAUCGAUUCUUUGAACCUGGAUGAGUUCUGUAACUGCUCAGAGCACAUUCCUUCGACUAUUGCUGUGGUGGGUGCAACUGGCUCUGGCGUCUCCACAGCGGUAGCCAACCUGCUGGGCCUCUUCUACAUUCCCCAGGUGAGCUACGCCUCCUCCAGCAGACUCCUCAGCAAUAAGAACCAGUUCAAGUCCUUUCUACGCACCAUCCCCAAUGAUGAACACCAGGCCACCGCCAUGGCCGACAUUAUCGAGUAUUUCCGGUGGAACUGGGUGGGCACAAUUGCAGCUGAUGAUGACUAUGGCCGGCCAGGGAUUGAGAAGUUCCGAGAGGAAGCGGAGGAGAGAGACAUCUGCAUCGACUUCAGCGAACUCAUCUCCCAGUACUCGGAUGAGGAAGAGAUCCAGCAGGUGGUGGAGGUGAUCCAGAAUUCCACAGCCAAGGUCAUUGUCGUUUUCUCCAGUGGCCCAGACCUGGAACCUCUCAUCAGGGAGAUUGUCCGCCGCAAUAUCACGGGCAGGAUCUGGCUGGCCAGUGAGGCCUGGGCCAGUUCCUCCUUGAUCGCCAUGCCUGAGUACUUCCAUGUGGUCGGGGGCACCAUUGGAUUCGGUCUGAAGGCUGGGCAGAUUCCAGGUUUCCGAGAAUUCCUGCAGAAAGUCCAUCCCAGGAAGUCUGUCCACAAUGGUUUUGCCAAAGAGUUUUGGGAAGAAACAUUUAAUUGCCACCUCCAAGAAGGAACUAAAGGGCCUUUGCCUGUGGACACCUUCAUGAGAAGUCAUGAAGAAGGUGGCAACAAGUUAAGCAACAGCUCCAGUGCCUUCCGACCACUUUGUACAGGGGAUGAGAACAUCAGCAGCGUAGAGACCCCUUACAUGGAUUACACACAUUUACGGAUAUCCUACAAUGUAUACUUGGCGGUCUACUCCAUUGCUCAUGCCCUACAAGAUAUUUACACCUGCUUGCCUGGAAGAGGCCUCUUCACCAAUGGGUCCUGUGCAGACAUCAAGAAGGUUGAGGCCUGGCAGGUCCUGAAGCAUCUACGGCACCUAAACUUCACCAAUAACAUGGGGGAACAGGUGACAUUUGAUGAGUGUGGUGACCUGAUGGGGAACUAUUCCAUCAUCAAUUGGCACCUCUCUCCAGAGGACGGCUCCAUUGUGUUUAAGGAAGUUGGGUAUUACAACGUCUAUGCCAAGAAGGGAGAAAGACUCUUCAUCAAUGAGGAGAAGAUCUUGUGGAGUGGGUUCUCCAGAGAGGUGCCCUUCUCCAACUGCAGCCGGGACUGUCUGGCAGGGACCAGGAAGGGGAUCAUUGAGGGCAAACCCACCUGCUGCUUUGAAUGUGUGGAGUGUCCUGAUGGGGAAUACAGUGAUGAGACAGACGCGAGUGCCUGUGACAAGUGCCCGGAUGACUUCUGGUCCAAUGAGAACCACACUUCCUGCAUUGCCAAGGAGAUCGAGUUUCUGGCGUGGACCGAGCCCUUUGGGAUUGCCCUCACUCUUUUUGCGGUGCUCGGCAUUUUCCUGACUGCCUUCGUGCUGGGCGUCUUCAUCAAGUUCCGAAACACGCCCAUUGUCAAGGCCACCAACCGAGAGCUCUCCUACCUGCUGCUCUUCUCCCUGCUCUGCUGCUUCUCCAGCUCCCUGUUCUUCAUCGGAGAGCCGCAGGACUGGACGUGCCGCCUGCGCCAGCCGGCCUUCGGCAUCAGCUUCGUGCUCUGUAUCUCGUGUAUCCUGGUGAAAACAAACCGAGUCCUCCUGGUGUUUGAGGCCAAGAUACCCACUAGCUUCCACCGCAAGUGGUGGGGACUCAACCUGCAGUUCCUGCUGGUUUUCCUCUGCACCUUCAUGCAGAUCGUCAUCUGCGCCAUCUGGCUCUACACGGCGCCCCCGUCAAGCUACCGCAACCACGAGCUGGAGGACGAGAUCAUCUUCAUCACGUGCCACGAGGGCUCGCUCAUGGCGCUGGGCUCCCUGAUCGGCUAUACCUGCCUGCUGGCUGCCAUCUGCUUCUUCUUCGCCUUCAAGUCCCGGAAGCUACCCGAGAACUUCAACGAAGCCAAGUUCAUUACCUUCAGCAUGCUCAUUUUCUUCAUUGUCUGGAUCUCGUUCAUUCCGGCCUACGCCAGCACCUACGGCAAGUUCGUCUCCGCUGUGGAGGUGAUCGCCAUCCUGGCAGCCAGCUUUGGCUUGCUGGCCUGCAUCUUCUUCAACAAGGUGUACAUCAUCCUCUUCAAGCCCUCCAGGAACACCAUCGAAGAGGUGCGCUGCAGCACCGCCGCUCACGCUUUCAAGGUGGCAGCCCGGGCCACGCUGCGCCGCAGCAAUGUAUCCCGUAAGCGAUCUAGCAGCCUCGGGGGCUCCACGGGCUCCAUCCCCUCCUCCUCCAUCAGCAGCAAAAGCAACAGUGAAGACCGGUUCCCCCAGCUGGAGAGGCAGAAGCAAAGGCAGCCACUGGCCCUGACCCAGCAAGAUCAGCAGCAACAGCAGCAGCAGCAGAAACAGCAGCAGCAGCAGCAUCUGACUCUCCAGCAGCAGCAUCCACCACAGCCGAGAUGCAAACAGAAGGUCAUCUUCGGCAGUGGCACGGUCACCUUCUCUCUGAGCUUUGAUGAGCCUCAGAAGAACGCCAUGGCUCACAGGAACUCGGUUCGUCAGAACUCCCUGGAGGCCCAGAAGAGCAAUGACACCCUCAACCGACACCAGGCACUGCUCCCACUGCAGUGUGGGGACACAGACUCAGAAAUGACCAUUCAGGAAACAAGCCUGCAAGGGCCUAUGGUGGGGGACCGACAGCCAGAAACGGAAAGCCCAGAUGAGAUGACCCCAGCACUGGUGGUGUCCAAGUCAGGGAGCUUUGUCAUUAGCAGUGGAGGCAGCACAGUCACAGAAAAUAUACUGCACUCCUAA